AUGAAUCAACACAAGCAGCGCCACCAGAAAAUUCAGAUUGAUCAGCCAUGUCAUCUCUACCAGUCCCCGCUAUGUUCAAGAUCCACAGGCGUCAACCUGAGCUCCUCAGAUGACCAAGACUCUCUUCGAUUCCAAAUUCCCAUCUUACAAGUUUAUCGUCAUCACCCCUCUAUGCAAAUAAAAGACCCUGUUAAGGUCAUCGGGGAAGCUCUUGCUAAAGCACUUGUGUUUUACUAUCCAUUUGCUGGUAGGCUUCGAGAAGGGCCUAAUCGCAAGCUUUUGGUGGAACACACUGCUGAAGGUAUCUUGUUUACAGAGGCUGAUGUCGACGUUACUCUUGAGCAGUUCGGCGAUGCACUAAUAAUGUACGUAGAAAAUUCUAUCCUCCUUUAUUACGAGAAGGCUAUUAUGGCAACGGAUUUGCAUGUGGUAACAACUACCAAAGAAUACAUACAAUCGGUGGCAGAUUUAAUGGUAAUUAAAGGCAGACCUCAUUUUUAUUCGGAAGUAGUUUAUACAAUUUCGGAUGUGAGACAUAUAGGAUUUAGAGAGGUGGAUUUUGGAUGGGGCAAAGCUAUAUGUGGUGGGCCUGUGAAAUCUAUCCCUAGAGGGGUGAGCUAUUAUGUGCCAUUUGAAAAUAAAGGGGAAAAUGGAAUUGUGUUUCCAAUUUGCUUGCCAGCCCAAGCUACGGAGAGAUUUGCAAAGGAGCUAAGAAAUUUGUUGGAGGGAAGCUAGCUCACCCUUUAAUUUC